GCUUAAUUGUUUUUUUUUAAUCUAUCCCGGACUCCUCGUUCGAUUCCCCCUUUCCUCCUCCCCUCCGGGGCCGUCGGGCUUGCAGUAGCAGCAAAGAAGACGACGACGAGACCCUUCAUUUGGCUCGCGUCUCCCUCCCUCUCCUCUGACAAAACCCUAAUUGUGUGAUUCUUGAUCACUUCUAAUCUCGAAUCCUCGGAGAAGAAGUAGAGUAGUAUGAUCACUCGAUCGAUCGCCUCCAUUCCGUUGAUCUCGAAAACCCUGAGCCUCUGAUCAUGGCCACCUCCUCGUCCGCCAUCAACGCCCAAUCGCCGGGCCUCAAGACCUACUUCAAGACACCCGAGGGCCGCUACAAGCUCCAAUACGAGAAGACCCACCCUGCUGCCGUCCUCCACUACUCCCAUGGCAAGGCCGUCUCCCAGUUGACGAUCGCUUAUUUGAAGGAGAAACCGGCCAACCAGACGCCAUCCACGCCGUCGACGCCGAGCUCCGGAGGAGGGGUGAGGUCGGCGGCAGCGAGACUGCUCGGGGCUGGGAACGGCAGCCGGGCUCUUAGCUUCGUCGGUGGGAAUGGCGUCAGCCGGGUGGUUUCGGGGAGCAGCAGGAUGGGAGGGUCCCUUGGAUCGUCCACUGGAUCGAGUAGCUCUCAGUCCACGUCCAAUUACGACGGCAAGGGCACGUACCUUAUCUUCAAUGCCGCUGACACUAUCUUCAUCAGUGAUCUCAACUCGCAGGAUAAGGAUCCUAUCAAGUCCAUCCACUUCAGCAACUCUAACCCUAUUUGCCAUGCCUUUGAUGCCGGGUCUAAGGAUGGGCAUGAUUUGCUCAUUGGGCUGCACUCGGGUGAUGUUUAUUCGGUGUCAUUGAGGCAACAAUUGCAGGACCCUGGUAGGAAGCUUGUGGCAGCUCAGCAUUAUAACAAGGAUGGCACAAUUAAUAACAGCCGUUGUACUUGUGUUGCCUGGGUGCCAGAAGGUGAUGGUGCUUUUGUUGUUGGUCAUGCUGAUGGAAAUCUAUAUGUAUAUGAAAAGAGCAAAGAUGGGACUGCAGAUUGUUCCUUUCCUGUUAUCAAGGAUCAAACCCAGUUUUCUGUUGCGCAUGCACGGUCAAGUAAGGUAAAUUCAGAAAACACCUGUUCUGGAUUUGGGAAUCAGUUUCAUUGGGCAUCAAAGCUGUUGAUGGAGAACUCAUGGAGUUUUAUCUUGAGCAAUCCAAUUGCACGAUGGCAUGUCUGCCAAGGUUCAAUCAACAGCAUUUCUUUCUCAACAGAUGGAGCAUAUUUAGCCACUGUUGGCAGAGAUGGUUAUUUGAGAGUAUUUGAUUUCUCAAAAGAGCAGUUAAUAUUUGGUGGGAAAAGCUAUUAUGGUGCUUUACUAUGUUGUGCCUGGAGUUCGGAUGGAAAAUAUAUAUUGACUGGUGGUGAAGAUGAUCUAGUGCAAGUAUGGAGCAUGGAAGACAGGAAGAUAGUUGCAUGGGGUGAGGGACAUAAUUCAUGGGUUAGUGGUGUUGCUUUUGAUUCCUAUUGGUCAGGACCAAAUUCAGAUGGAACAGGAGAGAAUGUCAUGUAUCGCUUUGGUUCAGUUGGCCAGGACACUCAAUUGCUGCUGUGGGACCUGGUAAUGGAUGAAAUUGUGGUGCCAUUCCGAUGCGGCCCUCCUGGUGGGUCACCUACACUCAGCAGUGGAAGUCAUUCUGCUCAUUGGGACAAUAUUUGUCCUAUAGGCACCCUUCAACCUGCUCCAAGUAUGCGAGAUGUGCCCAAACUCUCACCUCUGGUUGCUCACCGUGUGCAUGUGGAGCCUCUCUCUGGUUUGAUAUUUGCUAAUGAAUCAGUGCUUACUAUUUGUCGGGAGGGACAUAUCAAGAUCUGGUUGAGGCCAGGGCAUGGUGAAAGCAGCCAAUCAAACUCUGAAGCAGUUGUAGGUGCACCUAGUUCAAAGGACAGACCUGUAACAUCAUCCAUCAAAGCUCCUGGUUCUAGUUAUAAGCCACCAUCAUCUGUUCUCUUUACUUGAUCAGGUUCUUGCAUGCUGGCAUGCAACUUCAAUCAAUCACUUGUCUUUGGCCAAUGCAAAGCUUAUUUGGUCACUUGUUCAUCUUUUGGAUUAUGAUUUACUGCGGGAUGAAAAGGUUAGUGGAGUUCAUUUACAUCUGUCAACUGGUGGUGCUAAUGAAGUGCUGAGGUUUUAUGCAGUAAGAUGCUUCUGGUUGCAGCAUGUUAGCAUUGCCGUUUGCGUGGCAGAAGAAGAAAUAAUGGAAUAUUCUCCUGUACAGAUAUAUAUAUUUCCAAUUUAAAAAUACAGCAGGCGCAUAACAUCAUGGUUGAUAUCAUUUAAUCUGUCUUACAUGUUAAUUAGAAGUGUCGGGUAUUUGUUGAUUUUUGGUCAUCAAACAUGAAGUUACCCCUUGAUUUUGCUCUUGACCUGCUGUGUUCUUAUAAUGAAGGCUUUCUGGUUUCUGCAAGUGGCAGCAGCUGGUAAACAUGAAAAGAUGAAUUGGUUUAUCUGCUGCUAUUUU